CCAUCUGUGAUUUUUACCUUUAUUUUUUCUCUCUUAAGAAACCUCCUUUUGGUGCCUUGAUACUGAUCCCCGCGCCGCUCUCCGCCUUCGAGUUCACUAUUUUUUUUUUGUGACUGCUCCUUAACGCUCUGCAUUGGCUCGUUCGAAAUCGCCAACCUCUCUCCUUCUCCUUCUUGUCUCUCGCUCGACGCUUGUUCCUCCUUGGUCAAGCGCCGUUUCAACGUCUUUCGACUCUUUGUCUUGCUUUGUCGACCAAAUUGUCUUGCGUUGUAUAUUGUUUUCUUGACAUCGUGUCACAAUGGCCGAGAACGUGCCCGCUUCCACCUCCACUCUGCCACAACCUCCGCAAGCCUCAACCGGAGCUUCUGGCCAGCAGCAGUAUGAUGCGUCCCAGGACAAUGGCCAGGGUACGCACAUGCCCCCUCCUCCUCGUCCGCCAGUCAUGAUCCCCCAGAACACCAACCCGAUCCCGACGGCGAUUACUUCUCCGAUGUCUGGGGACAUGAUGUCCCCCACCAGUGCUGGUGGAUUUGUGCGUCGGGCCGCUCCUGAGCCAAACAAAAGAGCACUUUAUGUCGGAGGUCUCGACCACAGGGUCACAGAGGACAUCUUGAAGCAAAUAUUCGAGACUACCGGCCAUGUUAUCAAUGUCAAGAUCAUUCCCGACAAGAACCUGGUUACUGAACGUGCCCCGUCCCCACAGAAAUUCAACAGCAAAGGAUACAACUACGGUUUCGUCGAGUUCGAUGACCCCGGUGCUGCUGAGAGGGCCAUGCAGACCCUCAACGGACGCCGUAUUCAUCAGUCGGAGAUCCGUGUCAACUGGGCGUAUCAAUCCAACAGCUCAAACAAGGAAGACACCUCGUCCCACUUCCACAUCUUUGUCGGUGAUCUGAGCAAUGAAGUCAACGAUGAGAUCUUGCUCCAGGCGUUCUCGGCUUUCGGUUCGGUUUCUGAAGCCCGUGUGAUGUGGGAUAUGAAAACGGGACGCUCGCGUGGCUAUGGUUUUGUCGCUUUCCGUGAGCGCUCAGAUGCGGACAAGGCUUUGACCGCCAUGGAUGGAGAAUGGCUAGGUUCCCGUGCUAUUCGCUGCAACUGGGCCAACCAGAAGGGCCAGCCUUCUAUCUCCCAGCAGCAGGCGAUGGCAGCCAUGGGCAUGGCCCCGACCGCGCCUUUCGGUCACCAUCAUUUCCCCACCCAUGGUAUCCAGAGCUACGACAUGGUUGCCCAGCAGACCCCUCAGUGGCAGACCACAUGCUAUGUGGGCAACCUUACGCCGUACACCUCGCAGAAUGACCUGGUUCCCCUGUUCCAGAACUUCGGUUACGUCUUGGAAACCCGCUUGCAGGCCGACCGUGGAUUUGCUUUCAUCAAAAUGGACACCCACGAGAAUGCUGCCAUGGCAAUUUGCCAGCUCAGCGGCUACAACGUCAACGGUCGUCCUCUGAAGUGCAGCUGGGGUAAGGAUCGCCCACCCACUGGUCAAUUCGACAAUGCGGCUUUUGCCUCCGGUACAACCUACUUCCCCCAGUACAAUGGUCCCGGCGGGCCUAUGGCCGCUCAGGGUCCUGCUCCUGCUGGUCGAGGCUGGGAUCCAUCUGCCGUGCCCGCGCAAAACUACGGUCCAGGAAACGGUGCUGGCUUUGGCCGUGGACAGGCCAACAACGGCAACUAUGGAAACGGCUUCGGGGGCUACCAAGCGUAACCCAUCUCCGGAUGAGUCGCUGCUGAACGUCCGUCAUUCUUGAUCUUGAGUCCUCGCACCGGCAACAAAUGCGACGAAAAGAAAGGCGGUUUCGCAAACUAUCCGCCCUUGUCUUCCCCCGUCUUAUAUGUUUUACAUCGAUUGCUUUUUACAUCUCUCUUAUUCGCUUUUAAACCUUCCCAGCUGCUUUAUCAUGAUUGGUUUCUAAAUUGUCAUACUAUGUGGAUGUUCAAGCGCAUGUUUUCCUUUCAAUUCUCACGUGCUUCCUUUUGAAAUGAAAUUUGUGUGUUAUCAUGCACUGAAAUACCCCAA